AUGCGAUUGUUAAUUGCCUCUUUGCUUCUUUCUAUAUUUUAUUAUGUUUUAUCGGCGGAAUUCUGGACCGAUAUUAGGUUGAAAUGGAUUGAAUGGUCAAACAAUUGUGACCUGCAUAAUAUUUGUAUUCAACCAACACUUCAGCUACGUCUAAUCAAUUUAUUCAACAAUGAGACUAUCAUCAAAAUUUUGAGAAUGAACUUCGAUCAACAACAACAGACUGGUGAAACUCAUUUGAUAUCAUUUUGGAGUGAAGGAGUACCUGAUAUGAUAGUUUCAACUAUUACUAUUAAUGGAAUUGAUCCUGAUUAUGAUUUCUCGAGACUUUGCGAUUCUAGUGGAACUAUUUUCCUGUUCCGAUUCGCUGGAAUGAACAGAACAGAAAUGUCAGGUACGUGUUUCAAAGCGAAGUUAACUUUUACAAAAUAUUUCGACCAAUGUUCACAUAUGACGAAACAAACAAUCGAUCAGACAUAUGGAAAAACUUUGCAAACUUCUCUAACUGUUGUUGUUUGUUGUUUAAUUAUAUUCUUAGUGCUAACUUAUAUUUUCAUUAUUAUAAAUCGUAUUUUAAAAUUGCGAUCCAAAAGCGAUAGUCAAAUGCAAAAACGAAUAUCAAUAUCAAAAGCAUCGAUAUUCAAUGAUGGCUCGUUGAAUGCUGCAGAAAAUUUAUGUGAAUGUGUAAAAUCACGAGUUUUCCCGAUCAGUAGUCUGCAUUUGACAAAAUCUCAAAUUAUCAAAUUUUCUCCAAAGCAUACAGUUUCUGCUAAUUCAUCACUUUGUGGUUCAAUAGGAUGA